AUGGCAGCUGAUGACGAAUUAUACGAUGAGUUUGGGAACUUGAUAGGAGACGAGUUUGAUUCAGAUGCUGAAAGUUCAAAUGAAUCUUUGGCUUCUGUUGAAGAAGAAUCAGACCAAGCCAGCGAUGAGGAAGAGGAGGAACUACAUGCAGACAGCACCAGCUUAAUAAAACGUACAGAAGAAGCAGGAGAAACUAUCUUUAUUCAACCAGAUGAACCAAUGUCAAAUCAGCCAGUUAUUAAACCUAAAAUUGAGAAAGCUAUGAAAAUUGACUUCACAGCCAACUUAUCCUUCACCGAAUUAGAAGAGAAAUACAAAGAUCUUCCCGAAUUGAUAUACUCCCGCGAUUUUAUGAUUUCCACAAUGAAUCAACUUCCUGAAAGAAUACGGAAUAUUGCCGUUGUAGGGAAUCUUCACAGUGGGAAGUCGAGAUUUGUUGAUGCAUUAAUCUUGUAUACUCACUCACCUUCUAUAAAACUCAAGAAUACACUUAAAAACUUUAAACCUUUGAGGUUUAUGGACAAUCACAAAUUAGAAAUUGAACGAGAAGUAACUAUAAAAUCUUCACCAAUUACUUUAUUGUUGCAAGACUUAAAGGACAAAUCAUAUGUGUUUAAUAUUAUAGAUACCCCGGGACAUGUUGACUUCCAAGAUGAAACAACAGCUGCCAUAAGCUGCUCGGAUGGAGUAGUACUUGUGAUUGACGUAGUUGAAGGAUUAACCUACAGAGAUAAACUACUCAUAAACCAAAUCAUGCGUGAGAAUCUUCCAAUUGUACUUGUAUUGAAUAAAUUUGAUAGGCUCAUUUUAGAGCUUAAAUUACCUGCUAAAGACUGCUAUCUUAAAUUGAAAUAUAUUGUUGAUGAUAUCAGUGAGUACAUAAAUUCUAAUGAGUUAAUAUCGACAUAUACGCAUGCACCUAUUUCGCCUAUACGUGAUGUUGUUUUUGCAUCUUCAACAUUUGAAUUUUCAUUCACAUUGAAAAGUUUCUCGAAACUUUAUCUUACCAAUCAGAAGUCCCAAAUGGAUAUCGAGAAAUUUAGUCAGAAAUUAUGGGGAGAUAUCUAUUAUGAUGCAGUUAACCACAAGUUCACCUCCAAAUCAGAUCAACUUCCAAGAACAUUCGUAUCAUUUAUUCUUGAACCAAUUUAUAAGAUAAUAAACUAUACUCUCGUUUCAGAACCGAGUCAACCGAAAAUUGCAAAGUUAUUAUGGGAAAACUUCGGUGUAUCAUUACACAAAUCGGAAUAUAAACAAGAUUCCCAAGUGUUGUUGAAAUCUGUGUUUCAUGUUGUGUUUAAUGCACAUUGUGGGUUUGUUGAUACGGUAUCUAAAUCUAUUCCGCCACCGGCAUUAGAAAAGGAUGAAAAUUUUGUUGGGAAAGUGGUGAAAUUGAUUGAAUCGCCUGAUGGGAAAGCUUUCAGUUCUUUAGUUAGAGUAUACAAGGGCAUUCUAAAAAUAGGUGACAAAGUUAAAGUGUAUGGCGAUUCAUUUUCAGAAAAUACUGAGGAUUUUAAAAUCGAAGUGGUAGAAGGAAUUUAUAUUCCCGGUGGAAGAUAUAAAGUACCUAUUCGCGAAGCAGGAGUGGGUUCACUUGUUAUCAUUGAUGGUAUUGAGUCAAUUAUUAAAAAGGGGGCAACUAUAUCUGAUCCAGCAUUGUCUAUGCCGGGAGUAACACCUAAGUACACUUCUAACUCGGUAUUCAAAAUUGCGUUGGAACCAGUUAAUCCUUCGGAGUUACCUAUACUAUUAGAUGCCAUGAGAAAAAUCAACAAAUCCUACCUUGCAUCAGUUAUCACCGUGGAAGAAAGUGGAGAACAUGUUAUAUUAGCACCAGGACAGUUGUACAUGGAUUGUAUAUUGCAUGAUUUGCGAAAUUUCUUUACUGAUGGAUUGGAAAUUAGAAUAAGUGAUCCCAUGACUAAAUUUUCCGAAACUUGUAUUGAUACUUCAUUUACAAAAAUCCCGGUAAACACAGAGUCAAAUGAGAUUUCUAUAAUUGCUGAACCUGUGAAUGAUGACAAAUUAAGUCGUGCAAUUGAAUCCGGCAAAAUUUGCUUACAACAACCAACAAAGGUAUUAUCGAAAACAUUAAGGACCGAAUUUGGCUGGGAUUCACUUGCUGCUAGGUCGGUAUGGGCAUUUGGACCUGAUGAUUUGCAACUUCCUAAUAUUUUACUUGAUGAUACCUUGGAAUCGGAAACCGAUAAGUCCAAUCUUCUUUCAGUUAAAGAUAGUAUAGUUCUCGGGUUCAAAUGGGGUGUCAAUGAGGGUCCAUUAUGUGAUGAACCUAUCAGAAAUACAAAAUUUAGAAUUCUAGAUGCUGUAAUUAAUGGAUCAGAAUUAUAUAAAUCCUCGAGUCAAAUCAUCCCCUUGGCCAGAAGAGCAUGUUACACUGGAUUACUAACUGCAACUCCAAAAUUAAUGGAACCGAUUUAUCGCCUUGAUGCAACCUGUACAUACCGUGCUAUUUCAGUGGUCAAGGAGUUAUUGAAAAGGAGAAGAGGUGAAUUUGUACGCGAGGAUCCUAUUCCUGGAACACAAUUGUUUCUGGUUCUAGGGUAUGUACCAGUCAUCGACUCUGUUGGUCUUGAAGUAGAUUUGAAACUUCAUUCGCAGGGGCAAGCAACUUGUUAUCUUCUGUUUGCUAAUUGGGAAGUAGUGCCAGGUGAUCCCUUGGAUCAAAAUUGUGAAUUGCCUAGUUUGAAACCAGUACCUCAUGAAUCACUAGCACGAGACUUUGUCUUAAAAACAAGAAGAAGAAAAGGAUUAUCGGGUGAACCAAGUCUACAAAAAUAUAUUGAUCCUGAUUUGUAUAUUAAAUUGAAAGAGAAAGGUCUCGUUCAAUAA